UUCUCUUGCACACAUUAAACCAGCAAAGCUGCUAGCAAGCCACCAAUUCAUGGCUUCCUUUCUCUUCACCUUCCCCUUCUUUCUCUUGUUGUUCCUCUACCAGCCUCUCUUCUGCAUGGCAAAUCUCCACAAAAGCAAGAAUCUCCUCAGAUCAAAUCUCCUUUCUCAACUAACCAGCCCAAUGCCUUCCAAUGACAACUUACCAACUCUCUACUUUGAAGUAACCAAACCCACCAAACUACCAAACACUAAACCAUGUUCAUACCUUGUUCUUCAGCAUGAUUUUGGCUUCACUUAUGGAAGACCCCCGGUUCUUGUAAACUAUACCCCUCCUGAAUGUUACUCUCAGAAUUUCGCCAAAAUUGUGCUUGAAUGGAAGGCAACCUGCAAAGGGACACAAUUUGAUCGCAUUUUCGGGGUUUGGCUAGCCCGUGUAGAGCUCCUUAGGGGCUGCACAGCUGAGCCUACAUCAAAUGGAAUUGUUUGGAGUGUUGAAAAGGAUAUAACAAGGUAUUACUCAUUGCUCUUAAAGAAGGGAACACAAACUUUAGCUGUUUUUCUUGGUAACAUUGUGGAUGGGACUUAUACUGGAGUGUACCAUGUUAAUUUAACUUUUCAUUUUUAUCCUGCUGAAAGCAAUCUGAUUGAUGAGAAGCAGAAUCUGAAUAACUUACCUUCUAAAUAUUAUUCAAAGGCUGAUCUGAUCUUACCUAUUUCCCGAGAUCUGCCACUAAAUGAUGGCUUGUGGUUCGAAAUUCAGCAUUUAAAUGAUACUAAGUUGAAGAAAUUUCAGAUCCCCCGAAAUGUUUAUAAAGCUGUAUUGGAGGUUUACAUAUCUUUUCAUGAGAAUGAUGAGUUUUGGUAUGGAAAUUUUCCAAAUGACUACAUUGCUGCAAAUAACCUAAGUAACACUCCGGGAAAUGGACCAUUUAGAGAGGUUGUAGUCAGUCUUGAUGGUGAAGUGGUAGGUGCAGUUUUGCCAUUUACUGUGAUCUAUACAGGAGGAAUUAAUCCCCUAUUUUGGAUCCCCAUUACUGGCAUUAGUUCUUUCAACCUUCCUUCUUAUGAUAUCGAGAUCACUCCAUUUUUAGGAAAUAUAUUGGAUGGAAAAUUCCACACUUUGGGGUUCAGUGUUACCAAUGCCUUAAAUGUCUGGUUCAUAGAUGCUAAUUUGCACCUCUGGUUGGAUAGCAGGAGUGUGAAAACAGAAGGGAAACUUCUAAACUGCAAUAAUAAGGCAGUCAGUGUUUCUGAGGAAUCAGAUUUCAAGGGCUUGAAUGGAAAAUUCUUGACAAGUGCAAAAAGGUUCAUAUCUUCAAUUGGAUGGAUCAAGUCUUCCUAUGGGAAUAUCACAACUCAUUCAAUUCAAGAGUUCAGUUACAAUAACUCGAUGGAAAUAGGUAACAAUGGAGAUUUUCAGGUUGUAAAUCAGAUUAUCCAUUUCAAUGACAGAGUUUAUACAAAGAUGCCAUUUCCUUAUAUUCAUUGUGAGGAAUCAUUUAAAACUUUUCCCCUUAACUUGUUCUUGUACUUUUCGGAACAAGGAGAAGGAUCGUUCCUUUAUGAGACGAACGUCACAUUAGGAUUUAAUGAGAAGAAGUACAAGAAUGUUGGUUUUGAGUUCUUCAUCAGCUCUCUCCAGAAUAUACAGGAUGCGCAAGCAGCUCUUGAUGUGAAAAACUACUCGAGUAUCAAAAGAUUGCAAGGUACUAAACAAGUUUAUGAAUACCAUGGAAGUGAUUUAUGCUACUCCAGGAACAUAAGCAGCUCCAACAACAUCAUUGACUAUGAUCAAAUGAGUAACUUAUGUGAUAAAAAUGCACUGUCACUUUCAGAUUUUGAGCCCAGGUCACUAAAAGGUCUGCAGCAUUUUCCUGCCAAGGCUUUUCAAGAAUUUGAUCAUUGAUGUUUAGUAAUGAAGGGGGACUCCGAAUUCAGUUGAUUCUUCAGCUGCUCAAUAAAGGUCUAUUCAUUUUUGGAUAUUCCAGAAUCCUUUAUGUACUUAACCAAUCAAAAUGUAGCUGUGAUAUCAUUUUUACAUGAAUUUGAAGCAAUAGUUCCAUCUUUAA